AUGCCGGUGUCAUGCACUCAUAUAUGUCCUAGGAACCUUUCUGUGUUCAGCACCCCGGCGUGUGUAAGGAAGACUCCCUCCAGAGUAAGCAGGAUGUUCACGCUCUCUACUAAAUCUCCUCCUCCAAAGGUGCCCCAGCCUGAGAGGCUGGACGAGGUGUACGAGGCCCUGAAGAGAGGACUGCAAUCCUACCUGCAGGUCCAUCAGAUGGAGCUGGACAGUCUGAACAGACAAAUGAAGGAGUCUAAGAGAAACUCUCGCUUGGGUUUUUUGUAUGAACUUGACAAGCAAGUGAAAGUAAUCGAGAGAUUUAUGAGACGGCUGGAGUUUCAUCUCAGUAAGAUUGACGAGCUCUAUGAGGCCUACUGUAUGCAGCGCAGACUGAGAGACGGAGCCGAUAAGAUGGUGAAGGCUUACACAGCCUCUCCAGGCAGCAGGGAGGCCAGAGAGAGUCUGUCUGAAGCUAACAAGAGCUUCAAAGAGUACACAGAGAAUAUGUGCAUGCUGGAGAGUGAGCUGGAGAACCAGCUGGGGGAGUUCCAUGUCAAAAUGAAGGGCCUGGCGGGUUUUGCACGACUUUGUGCUGGAGAUCAGUAUGAGAUCUUUAUGAAGUACGGUCGUCAGCGGUGGAAGCUGCGAGGUCGGAUUGAAAUCAAUGGCAAGCAAGUGUGGGACAGUGAGGAGAUGGUCUUCCUCCCCCUUAUCACAGAGUUCCUGUCUAUAAAGGUGACGGAGCUGAAGAGUCUGGCCAAUCACGUGGUCGUGGGAAGCGUCUCGUGUGAGACGAAGGACCUGUUCGCUGCCCUGCCCCAAACAGUAGCUGUGGAUAUUAAUGACUUGGGCACCAUUAAGCUCAGUCUAGAAGUCCUCUGGAAUCCAUUCGACAAAGAUGACCAGUCGUCCUCAGCUAGCACUGUGUCCAAAGCUCCUACUGUCAACAAACGCUUCUCUACCUACAACCAGAGUCCUCCAGACACACCCUCUCUACGAGAACAAGCCUUCUAUACAGCUCCACGGAGCAUGAUGUCCAAACAGCGCUGGUCCUUACUGGAUGUGUUCAGAGACACACUGACAGAGAAACUGACUCAGAGCUGCUCAUGCAGCGAUGUCACCUCAAUCCGCCUGAGGUCCUCUCUGCUUUCCAGCCAUAAUAUGUUGAAGAGACAAGAGGAGAUGGAGAACGGAACGGCAUGGUCAAACUCCUCCGAAUCCUCUGACGAUUCCUCCAGUCCUCAGCUUUCCUUGGGAAUGCGCCAUGCACACAAAAACUUAGUACAGCCUGAGGUACAAACUGCUCCUCCUGCCAUUGAAAUCUCAUUUGCACCCCGUGAAUCUGCCACCUCUACUCCCACCCGCCUGGCCAAACAGAAAGAAGAGGACGAGGAGGAGGAUCUGAAGAAACCAACGGCCACCAUAACAGUCACCACUGAGGCUCCGGUGAAACAGGAAGUGCCCAAUGGCCAUCCCCGCUAUUCUCGCUCCCUUAGCCACAUCAGCGAGAACAGCGCAGAUGGUGUUUUGACAGAUAGACUGACUGGGGAAUCUUUGGAGGCCAAUGAAGUGACUUCAGUGGUCUCUUCGGUAUUUGUAAGUGACAUUGCCAUGGAUAUGCCCCACCGAGCAGAACUAUGUUUUGUAGUACCAGACACUCAGGAGAUCUGCCCCAUUCCUGAUCCCUCCACGAGUGAGCCAUCCUGUCCCACUGAGCCACUCAACUGUUCAGAAAGUAGCUCUCCUGCAGAAACCACAGCUUGUGACUCUGAAAGUACAGAGCUCACGUCUAGGCCCACCUGUGGAGACAAAGACUCUUUCCCCUGUGCUAAUGCUUUGUCCCAGCAGAUGGACUCCGAAGCUCCUAGGACUGAUUCCUCUCAUGAGCCACACCUCACAAAGACACAAACGGACGACCUGCUGGCAGAGAAGUCUGGUUCUUUAGUAGACACCAGGCCCAUGGAUGAUUUGGAGGGACAAUCAUCAGACAGUGGUUUGGAGGAGGCCCUUGGUGCCGUUUUGUCCUCCCUUGAUGACUACAGAGGCCAGUUCCCAGAACUACAGGUCCUAGAGCAAGAGCUGAAGCUGUUGGAGGAGGCGCUAACAGUACGGAGUCAUAGUCGCUCAUCCACUGUCAGUUUGACGGUUGAGACGGCUCUAGGGAGCUUUGACUUCCUUAAUACAUCAGACCUGGAGGAAGAAGAGGAGGAUGGUGAGAGGCAGAGUGUGACAGACAGCACAGAGGAGUGUCCAGCGGCUGUGGAAAGCGCAGGAGAGGAUGAGGGCUGUGAAGCAAGGUGUUGGGAUACUCCCUCCGGCCCUCUCAGCACAGGCUGCCCGACUCUAGAUCACACCCUGCUGGUUCAUCUGAAGAACUGCAGCUCGCAGCUGCUGAGGUUAGGCACAUUCGGGCCCCUGCGCUGUGGGGAGAUGUACGCUCUGGACCGACUUCUCAGGGAAGCGAGAGUCCUUGAGCUCAUACGAUGGGUUGUGAAGGACUCGAGGGGCGAAGUCAUCCAGCCAGAGGAGGUUGUUCCUCAGUUAGAUCAGUGCCAAGGGGCUGUGUUGCUAUGGCGGCAGUGCACGGAUGGCUGCAGCGUCUACAGCACCUCCACAGAGGCCUUCUUACAGGCACUCAGCGACACUUACGCCAGCAGACUCCCUGAGAGAGGAGCCGGUUUCACAGACACAGUGUUUCUGCAUCUGCUGGAGCGGAUCCUGAAGAGAAAGCUGCCCCGGCGUGCAGGAGGUGCGUCCAAAGAGACUCUCACCCUCUUCCAGUUUUGGAGCUACCUGGAAGCAGAGGGGGUGAAUGACUUGGACACACACAUUCCUGAGCUGGCUGAAGAAGUGUGGCUAGUUCAGUGCCUGCAGUCUGGAGAUCAGGAUGUUCUGGUAAAAUCUUUGAAGAAGCCUCCAGAGUGCAGUCUGAAGAGGGAGGGCUUGCGGGCUGUCAGUCUGCUGCUGAGGGAUCCGAGUGGGAAAGUGUGCAGUGCAGCCAGCUCCCUGCUGCGGAGUCUAGCUGACCAAACCCGCCACAGAGAGAGGGCAUUGGUGAGCUGUCUAGAGUUGCUGGAGGAUGAAAGUGUUGAGACACGGGUGUGUGGAUGUAAAUCACUCGCAUGCCUGAAGGCCAAAGAGAGCAUCGAGCAGCUGGUGUAUCUGUGCCGGACAGAUAAGGAGGAUGUGAGGGAUGCUGCCAAACAAGCUCUGCUUGUGCUAGGUAAGCAGUGGACUAAACCAGAGGAAAUGGACACACAAAGGAAAGAUCGGUAAUGAAAGUGAAAGAAUGGAUUUGCUGCAAAUAAUGUGUUCCCACAGUGAGCCAUAGAAAAAUGGCAAAGAUCAGAGUAUUUAAAAAUGAAUUUACAGGCUGAAAGAUUCAUGGAAAUUGAUGAAAUCUUAAAAGUUUGCAAAAAUUCUAUAUUUAAUGUACA